AUCUUGUAUUGUGAAUUGUGCAUCGCUUUAAAAGUCCGUACGUCUCACUUCAAUAUGCACACUUUCAAUCUAUCACACCAUGGGCAAGAAGCUAAUUUUUGGGGCUCUUAUAGCUUUGGCGACAUUUAGUGUCAUUUUGAGUGCAAGCGUCGGAAAUCCUAAAGUAAUUCCUGAUGGCUACGUGGAUAUAGGUGGACAACAGUACUAUAUAAACGUAUCACAAUAUUUCAAAAAGGAUGAGGCAAGAGCCUUCUGCAAUUCGCUAAACAUGGACAUCGUUUCUUUUGAGGAAAAAAACAAAUGGGAUACAAUCAACACUUGGGCGCAGGAACAUCAAGAUGAAUUGUCCAAACAUUGGUUUUGGAUUGGUGCUGAGAGAGUGAACACCACACAUUGGCGAUGGGAAGUCUCAAAAAAGCCCAUUACACGCUUUUAUUGGAUCGAACCAGAACCCGACUUGGCGGCCGAGGUCUCUGAAACCAUUUGUCUCGGUUUUGUGUCCUACUCUUUUGCAUCAGGAUGGUGCGAUGACAUUUGUGACGACGAAUUUAUCGCUUACUCUGUACUUUGCCAAUAAAAUCCUGAUUCAGUUUAAAAUGUAAAAUGAA